CAGCAUUAACACUGACCUCUGACCUCAGGAGACGAGGAUCAGCAUUAACACUGACCUCUGACCUCAGGAGAGGAGGAUCAGCAUUAACACUGACCUCUGACCUCUGACAGAUGUGUGUGUCCAGCUGUCUGAGGUGUGUCGCCGUCUCUCUGGUUGCCUUGGCAAUCGUCUGCAUGCUGUCCAACAUCCUACUCUUGCUUCCUGAACUGAAGUUCCACUUCCUGUUGGAGGGUCAUGUGACCAGAGAGGCCACCUGGGCCACAGGCCUGUGGGGGUCCGGCUUCCUGGUGGUUCUGGGCGCUCGGGCGUCGGGGCGGAGCAGCAGAACCCGAGGCUGCUGGGCCUUCCGGCGCCAGAUGGCCGGCCAGCUGCUGUCCUCGUGUGUGUGUGCGCUGGCUGCUGGCUGCUGCUGCCUGGUCAGCGCCUCUGGCCUCUCCCAGGGGCCUCUGUGUCUGCACAACACCACCGCCACGCCCAGCUGGGGGGUCCCACUGCAGCCCCACCCAGACCGUCAUGCAGGCUACCUGUACAACAGGACGUGGUGGGGGGGGGUGUGUCUGGCGCCCAGCGGGGUGGUCCAGUGGAAUGCAGUUCUCUUCAGUGUGAUGGGGGGCGCCAGCGGGCUGCAGGUGGUCUUCUGUGGUGCCAACAUCCUCAACUCACUGCUGGGCCUGACCCUGGGACCGGGCCUCUGCAACGGCACGGUCUGUGUUUGGUCUCAUGCUGGAUCUUGAACGAGGAAGAAACUCUUCAUAAUGUAAAGUUCUAAAAACUUUUAUUUUGGCGGGACCCUCUUAUUGUUAAAACUCAAAGAUAAUUCAUUGAAACACAACUCAACCUUGUUUACGCAGAAAUAUUAUUUAUUGUUUUAUUUUUAAAUGAUUGUUUGAGUCGUUUAACAUUUGUAUUUAUUAAUUAUUUAUUGUUUAUGUUGAAAUGUGUUUGAUGUUGUUAAAUCUGUAAUAAUUAAUAACAAUUAAAGAAAAAUCAGUUUGCU